AAUUCCCUUUUGGUUUGAGACUUCUAUAAAAUGAAGGGAGAUUAGUCAGUAGUCAUGUUCAACGAAACAUUUAUGUAGGCAGAUUUGCGUGUAGAUCUAGCAGUAACUAUCAACUCUUUAAUGAUUCAUGAUUAAUGAUUCAUAUCAAUCAGACUUCCUUCUAAACACAAACAGAGACUCUUGUUGGUAAUGGAUAAAAGAUUCGACGUUUGUGUGCCUCUAUACGAAACAAUAUGCAAUGUUUACCAUCAAGAAAAUUUCUCAAAACCCCAAAGAAACCAAGGAAGACAAAGAAACAGGAGCCUCUGCAAACCGGUUAUCUCAGUGAUAAUUCCAGGAAGAUCGCGGCAGGUUCGCAUCAAAAGGAAGUCGAUCAAGUUUUAUCCAAUUUCAGAAAAGCCAAAAAUACAUUACAAACUGAAGCCUUGACAACGACAUAUAACACGAUAUGCCCACAUUUUGAAGAGACUAUAUCUAGAGAUACCAAUAUUGCAGAUACAUUAGAUAUAAAUAUACAAAGGCACGAGAGACAUGAAAGAACUCAUGACAAAAAGUCUAUAAGAAACUUCGACAGAUUAUUUAAAGACGAAAGACGCAGGCUCCAAACAUUUGUAAACUACCCUCUGGAAGCUGUUAAAUCGGCACUAGUUUUGGCCAAUAAUGGAUUCAUUUAUAUAGAAAGCUGCUCUGAUGAAGUCGAAAGAUUUAUCUGCAUAUUCUGUGGUGCUCGAAAGACGUUUUGGGAAUGGCAAGAGGAUGUGGAGCAAGUUCACCGAACACUAUCUCCACAAUGUCCAUUGCUUUCUGGUGGCAGCUCUGAAAAUAUUUCAUUCUGUUCGAACAAGGGUAGUGAUUCAAAGUUUGAUUUCAUAUUACAAAAGUUAUCACCACCAACACAUCAUAUUGAAUUUGACUCGGCACCAUCAGCGCAAGAAGAAUGUUACAAACCAUUAGCAACAAAUGAAAACAUCUUUUCGAAAACUUCUAGCCCACUAUCCACCUCAAUAUCUAACAUUUUAACUUCAACAACUGGAGCAGGAGAAGAGAACUCUCAUCAACAAGAUACUAUUUCUGCAACCUCUGAAAAUAACGUUACAAAUAAUUUUGCAAAUGAAUUAGAUCUGAUACAAAAUGAAACAAGUUUUUCAACAACGCAAUUCGAUGACUCUCCACAAGUGUCUAGUCAAAGAGAAGCAAUCUCAGCUUUACCCUCACAGGCACCUGAAACCCUUGUGCAAUCUAGCUUUAGUCAGACACAAGGUUUACUUUUCGACAGAACUUUAAACGAUGACAAUCUGCAUGCCUCCACACAGGUACUUCCUUCCGCAGCUACUUCAGCAACGUCAGCUACUUUAACACAAUCAUCACCCUCACAAAGUCCGUCAACCACUCAAAACACCAACACAGAAUCCCCACCAGCAACUACAAGAAAUAACAGCCAGAGAAACCCGACUUACAGUGAGCUGGGCAUCAUCACAGAGAGACCAAAGCGUACAGAAUAUGCUCUCCUAUCGGAAAGAAUGAAAUCUUUCAGCAGCUGGCCAAGAGGACAUUUCCUUGAGCCAACUGACCUGGCUAACGCUGGCUUCUACUAUGGUGGUUAUGGAGACUGUGCCAGGUGUUUCUAUUGUGGAGGAGGUCUCAAAAACUGGGAGGAUGAGGACAAUGUUUUGGUGGAGCACGCCCGAUGGUUCCCAAAAUGUGCUUACAUUCGGAACAAAAUGGGCCAGGCCUUUGUAGAUGCUGUCAAAGUCUUAAAUGAAUCUCAUGAUGAGAUUACAAUCCAAAUGGUCACAGACAAAAUGGGAGGUCAAACGUGCACAGGUCAACUAGAUCUCAGAGAUAACGCCCUAAAAAGAGACCCAGCCGUUAAAACAAUGAUCGAUCUGGGCUACAAAGAAAUCGAUUCUUUGGAAGUAGCUCAAAUUUUGAAGGACAGAGAUUUGACGCUGACAGCUGAUCUAUUGCUUGAAACAUUGAAACAGGAAGGAAAAACAGCGAACAGAAACAUUUUAAAUUUUGAACAAAAAACAACUCAAGAGGAAGAUCUUGAAAUGGCCAGACAAUUAAAAGAAAAAAAUCUCCACCUCCGGCAGCAGACAGUAUGCAAGAUGUGCCUGGACAAUGAGGUCUCUGUGGUCUUCUUGCCUUGCGGUCACCUCGUCUCGUGUUCUGAAUGUUCGUCUGCUGUCUCCAAGUGUCCCAUGUGCAGAGGAGACGUCAAGGGCAUUGUGCGCGCUUUUCUGAGUUAACCAGUGGAAAAAAAUAAUUUAAAAAAAAAAAUGCGAACAAAAUCUACUUUAUGUUAAUAAUUGUUAUUUUUUGUUGUUGUUAAUAUGAAUAAAUUUAAUACAGUGAA